UAUCAUUUGUUUAAAUAAAAAUUAUAAAAAAUCAAUAACUAUCACCGGCUGCAAUCGUUCAUUCUACAUUGAGAUUUUUCCGUUUAUCGCUGCAUAUUGCGGAUAUUUUUUGCAAUUUUCGAAAGUCUGCGCUCACCGAUUACCCAUCAACAUGUCGCUGCUUCCAUUGGAGUCAAACCCUGACGUCUUAAACAAGUUUUUGCAAAAGUUGGGUGUGCCCGAAAAAUGGAGCCUGGUCGACGUUUUCGGUUUAGACGCCGAUUCGUUAGCGUGGGUUCCCAAGCCGGUUCUGUCUGUGAUUCUCCUAUUUCCUAUAAGCGAAACGUAUCAAACUUUCGCCGAGACGCAAGCGAACGAAAUUAAGGAAGCCGGCCAGACGGUCACGCCCGAUUUGUACUAUGUCAAGCAGAUGGUUUCCAACGCGUGCGGCACCGUGGCGCUGAUUCACAGUAUCGCGAAUAAUAUGCAACAGAUUGAGAUCGCCGAGGGACCGUUUAAGAAGCUGCUCGACGAAAGCAAGAACAUGACCCCGGCGGAAAGAGGGGAACUGCUUCAGAAAUCUGCCGCUGCUAUUAUGGACGCGCAUCGCGAAUUGGAGAGCGAAGGACAGACGACCGCAAAUCCAAACGAUGAAGUUAACUUUCAUUUCGUCGCGUUCGUUCAAAAAGACGGUCACUUGUACGAGUUGGAUGGGCGCAAGGAGUUCGCCAUCAAUCAUGGCGGUUCCACUCCGGAAACCCUACUCGAGGACGCCGCCAAAGUCUGUCGCGGUUACAUGGAACGCGAGGCCGACAACCACAAUUUCACGAUAAUGGCGCUAACAGCUUCCCAAAAUUAAAUUACUUUUCCAUCAUCGCCCCGGGCACAAAUCACAUGUUUAGUUUUGGAGUACCGACACUUUUUCGUAUUUUCAGGCUUUUCACCAUCGACAGGCUUUC